CAAUUUGACAGCCAAAACAUUAGUAAUCGCAUUGUGUAUGAGGAUGGCGACGAUAGUGAAAAACUGUUUAAACUCAGGAUCACUGUCUCAAAUUAGCACAAAACUGGUACGCUUCAAUGUAGUUCGAAACUACGCCAGUGCAAACCGCGUAAAGGCAUUCAAAAAAGUGGGAAUUUCAGAUCGUGCCAGAAAUGUUGCCAAAGCUUUGGAAAUGAGAACCAAAACACCGGAGGAGGAAGCCGCAAUUCUAACCGGACAGACGAUUAAAUCGGUUGGUCAAUCGCUGGGUAGCAGAGGAUAUCUUCGACCAACUAAGCCAUAUCUCCCUCCCGAAGAUGCUAUGGAGAAAGUGCUCGCGGUAGCUAAAUCGAAGAACAUCGCAAAUGCAAGGGAAAUGUUCACUAAUGGCCAACGAAAGUUUGAAUUCCUUACUGCUUGCUACGAAGUCUUCAAACAUUCUGUACCCAACUCUCAGCUACACGAAAUCAGCUCCGUUGAGGACGCGAUAAUUUUCUAUCAAACACCGGUCGACACAACGCUUCCGUUGGACACCCUCAAGACGGUAGAUUUGCCCGAAAAUCUUUACAUACAGCAUGAGUACAUCCGGUUUCAUCCAGAAACGGACACCAUGUUCGGAGGAAAGACGGCCUUCCCGAAAAGCUCAACCAUAGUGACCGGUUUGAAAUACAAAGACAAAUACCGUGGACACGUGGCCAAGAAGUCCUGGCCUUGAUAGGUUUUUCAACAAAACUGUACUGUUGUAGUCAAGAAUUUAUUGUAAUUAUAUCCCGUAACGGUACCCCUA